AUGUCUGAACGACCGUCAAGCUUAGCUCGAACACCAACCGCGCCUCCAAUCAUGGCAAAUGGUCAUUUCGCGUCCGUCGGCGACAGCGAUGAUGUCACUCUCUACGAGCACGGAGUGCAGGUGAUUGAUGGUGAUAAGGAGUUCAAUCCCAACUUAUCAAAGUAUCUGUCUCUCGAACAUGUCACGAAUGCCGGCUUCAACUACCACCUCAUCUCCGUGUUUGGCUCACAGUCAACCGGAAAGUCCACCCUGCUCAACCACCUGUUUGGUACGCAAUUCUCUGUGAUGUCCGAAUCGGAGCGCCGGCAAACAACCAAGGGUAUCUGGCUGUCGAAGAAUAAGAAGCAGAGCGAUGCUUCGACAGAGGGGGUCCGGAUGGCGGACAACAUCUUGGUGAUGGAUGUGGAGGGAACCGACGGUCGUGAACGGGGCGAGGAUCAGGACUUUGAGCGCAAGAGCGCUCUGUUUGCCCUCGCGACCAGCGAGGUGCUGAUUGUGAAUAUCUGGGAGCACCAAGUCGGUCUGUAUCAGGGCGCAAACAUGGGCUUGCUCAAGACUGUGUUCGAGGUCAAUCUACAAUUGUUUUUGAAGGAUAAGAGCACAACACAUCGGUCUUUGCUUUUUUUCGUCAUUCGUGACUUCAUCGGCACUACCCCGCUGAAGAAUCUCCAAAAGACAUUACUGGAAGAUCUCGCCCGUCUUUGGUCAACAAUAUCCAAACCUGCUGGACUGGAAAAUUCGACGAUUCAUGACUACUUUGAUUUCCAGUUCUAUGGCCUGCCGCACAAGGGUUACCAGCCAGAGCAGUUCGUGACCGAGACACACAAGCUUGGUUUGCGUUUCCGCGAGGGCCACCGUGAUCCUAAGCGAGACCCGCUCCAAGGGGAGUUCUCUGACAGCGGCGUCUUCCUGCCUGAGUAUCAUCGUAGAAUCCCGGCCGAUGGGUUCUCCCAUUACGCUGAGGGCAUCUGGGAUCAAAUUGUCAACAAUAAGGAUCUGGACUUGCCAACGCAGCAGGAACUACUUGCUCAAUUCCGCUGCGACGAGAUUCUGCGUGAAGUCAUGAUUGGAUUCGAUGAAGCAAUCACAGCAUUUGAGGACAAACAAGCCGAGUCUGUGCGCCUGGGGUCUCCAGAGGUCAUUGGCGGCCUCGGCGUGGCCAUGCGUGGAGCACGCACUAAGACUUUGAAGGGCUUUGAAACCGAAGCUAGUCGUUACCACAAGGGUGUCUACCAGCGGAAGAAGGCCGAACUGGAAGGCAAGGUUGACACGCGUCUCAAGGCACUUCUUCAUGGCCAAAUCUCAGCUGCCCACAAGUCUGGCAUCCAGGAUUUCCGCGAAGCCGUGACUAGCGCGGUCAAGUCCGGCCAGAAGAAGGGCGGUAAUUACGAUUUUGCUGAGAUCGUCAACAAGGAGACAAAAGCCUCCUUGGAGAAAUUCGAGGAGGUCGCGCGGUCCACGGUAGUUGAGGGCACUGCGUGGAGCAACUACAAGCAGGAGCUCAACCUCUUUGAGAAGGAACUGGCUGAAGUGAGUGGUCGUCUUCGACGCGAUGAGAUGAGACGUCUAGCCACUCGUGUAGAACGUUGGGUUCAGUCUCGUCUUGGCGAGUCUGUUGGUCUCGAGUUCAACAGCUUGGGAUCGGGACGUGCUGGCAACGGCGCUCCUGAGAAUGGCGACAAACCUCUGGAGACGACUUUCUGGGAUCGAGUCUGGAAUGUCUUUGUGGAGACUGUCUUGGAUGCCGAGCGACGAUUCACGGAUCGCGCCAGCAGCUUCGACGCCAGCUUGGAAGAGGUUGACGUUGGUUUGUGGCGCUUGCGCCGCAAGUCGUGGGGCGUGCUCCAUGCUAAAAUUGAGGAGGAAAUGAUCGAAGGCAACUUGCUUCUGAAGCUACGUGAAAACUUCGAAGAUAAGUUCCGUUACGACGAGGCUGGUGUACCACGUAUCUGGCGCCCAACAGACGAUAUUGAGGGCAUUUACACACGUGCCCGAGAAUCGACAUUGACAUUGAUUCCUCUUCUGUCGCGAUUCCGCCUUGCCGAGACAAAUGCUCCUCCUCCGUUGGAUCGCUGGAUUGGACAUACCCCCAGCUCUGCGACUCCCGCCGACGAAGAGGAUCUUGCUCCUAUUGGUGGCGUGGAUGAGGAUGAGGGCAAGACGCUCGACGAGGAAAUGACGAUCCUGAGCGAGUCGAAGCGUCAGGAGCUCACUGUUCGCUUCAAGAAGGCAGCCGACGGAGUUUAUGUUGAGGCGAAGCGCAGUGCCAUUGGUGGCAUGACCCAAGUGCCAUUGUACUUCUACGGUCUUUUGUUGGCAUUGGGAUGGAAUGAAAUCGUUGCAGUCCUGCGCAAUCCGGCCUACUUCUUACUGCUGUUUGUGUGCGCCGUCGGUGCCUAUGUUACUUGGCAGCUCAAUCUCUGGGGACCAAUCAUCAAAAUGUCAGAAGCUGCUUCUCAGCAAGCUCUCGUAGAAGGGAAACGGCGCCUGCGUGACUUCCUUGAGCAGUCUGAUACUGGCCGCCAGGCCAUUGCGAUGUCCACCUCGGACAAGACCUCCUCGUCAGGCAAGCAAGAAGAGUACGAGAUGUCUGAUUUGCCCAAGCGGAGCUCCGGCUCGAAGGCCGAUGAUCUGGAUGACCUGUGA